ACCAGUUCAGUAUAUUUUGUGCAUUACACUGCGCAACAUCGUAUUUAGUGUGUGUUAAAAAUAAAAUUGUUUCGUGAUAAGUUACGCUUAUGAAUUUAAGAGUUUAAAGCCAAAGUCAGAGUCAAAAAUAUGGCAGUUAUUAUUCGUACAUAACAUGAGAAAAGUGAACUAUUAUUAAUAAUAAACAUAUUUUUAUUUAACUGAUAGACAAAACAAGAUAAACCAAUGGUCCUUCAAGAUUGAAAUUAUUCAUGGCAGUUCCUUAAAUAAAGGAGGUGAGCAAUACGAAAGGAUAUUCCGAAAAUACAUCCCGAACGAGAGUGAAACGAACCUAAAGCUUCGUGAUAAGAUACGUGACGUCUCCUAGUCAAGUCAUAAGAUAAGGAAAACAAAGCUGAAACAUUAUAUUUUUUAUAAUUACUUAGAAUUACAUAAACGGAUCUCUAUUCGAAGAAAAUGGAAGGAAGACUGAUAGUUUUUAUUUUGUUUUUAUAUUCACAACAAUGUUCUAGUGAAAGAUUCCUACUUUGCGAUGAUACUACAAGGAUCAGAAAGGAUUGUUCGGUACAGAUAUGGGGCGAUGAAAGUUCCGAUGACACUACAAGCUGUGACGUGGAGUUUGUUCCGCGCAAUAGUUCAGACUGCGAAGCUAGCUUUAGCCGUAUCCCCGCGAUAUCAAGCUCACGUUUGGGCAACAUCAGCAUAAUGCCCUUCCUCAUGAACGUGAAGUGCGAUGAUUGCAGCCCGUACCACCAUGUUGUACCGAAUAUUGUCUUCAGAGACAUCAAAUGGAAGAAAUUGAAAUUCCGAAUCGAACAGCGUAAUACAUAUCCUACCAAACGUCACUGCAGGAAUUUGGCGAUAUCGGAUAACGUGACGAUUUAUGAGCACUCAGUGCUACACUAUGACUGCUAUUUGUCCCUGACAGACGGCAGUUUGCGCAAUACACCCACCCACGUCCUGGACGUGGAGGCUACAGAUGGUACUACUGUCGAUGGGUGGCAGUUCCUGUUCUUCAUACCACCAACACAAGUGCUCAACCCAAACAUAACCCAGACGCUGUGGAAGCCAUUCGUCUACGUAGAAAACUGUGUUUCCUCUUUACGGUUACACAUAGUACCUCAUCCGUCUCACUUCGUUAUCACGUCAUACAAAAUCGAAGUGAUGAGAGCUUGCGACAACUGUUCGAAUGAUGUUUCGGUUGAAAAUGUUACCAUCACAACGCUCAACGGCAGUGCUGAUGAGCAAAUGUACGAUUACAAACCCACUUCGUCUGGUUCAUACUACUUUAUUGUGAACGUACUUCACGAUAGAUGUAUUAGAGGAGAAGUUGAGUGCCAAAAUGUGAAAAGCCCUGAAGUUUAUAUUGCUGUCAUGCUUCACCUAUACAUCGUCAUAAUCAUCGCAUCAGUGAUCGUGGCUCCUGUAGCUUUUUUAUUCUACCGCCGCUACUGCAAGGGUCCAUCAGAAAUUCCACAACCACCCAAAGUUUUGGUGAUCUACUCUUCAGCAAACAGUGUCCACGCGAAAUGCGUCGUAUCAUUGGUAGACUACCUGCGCUCCGAAUGUGGCUUCGACGUUUUAUACGAUGGAGACAUAACAAAAACAUCACACUCUGAUCCAUAUUUCUGGGCUGAAGAUGCCAUCAGACAAGCAUCUGAUAUCAUAUACAUAGUGGGCCCAACGGAAAACGAAUUCGAAUCCUCUUUCCCCACCAGCGCCCUUCACGAUGUCGAUAAACUUCUCCUAUAUUUUCUCAAAGUUGUGAGACCUUUACAAAAUAAGAAUGUUAUGAACGUGUUUUUUGAACAUUCAAAUGGUCCCGUACCAGACGAAACAAAGUGCGACAGGAACUACCAUUUAUUGAGAGAUUGGCAAGCAUUAAUUGCUUAUUUAUCGAGGAACUUGCUACCAAAGAAACAAAUAAUGAGGACAGAGAUAGGAAAACGUUUGAUUGAAGACCUGACGCGAGUGAAAAAAUUGUUUAUUAAUCCCUCCGGUGCAUGAUGCAAAAGGCAAUACCUUGUUGACAGAAUUAAUUAUUGGUUUAUGAAAAAACUAGUAUUUACGUGAAUGGGUGGACCGCUAAAACGGCUUACGGGUAUUUUUAGUACCUUUUCGAAUAUUUUGCACGAGAGCGAAUAUCUCAUGACUUUAUCAGAGUUGAUUAACGUAACCACUAGGUUACGAUAUUUCAUGACCAUACUAGGUAUCGUUCUAGGUAGAAGGGGAAAGUCUUUAACAAAACACGGUUUUCGGUUAUUAAGGCAGGUAGCUAUACUAACAUACUAUAGCUAACUAACCUAACACAAAGUUUUACUAUUUUAAACAAAGCAAAAUCCACAGAAUUAAGAACAUACAGAAACCGUGUACAACUAAUACUGAAGCAUCAAAAACCACUCAACUUCAGCAGGGCUAUUCAGUAAGGGCGUUUUUGUAACUCGAUAGCAAUAUCCGCGAUGAGUUUGCAAAUUCGUAUUCUCUAUAACUCGAUAGUACAGGU